AUGUGGGGUGCGGUGCAGCAAUGGAAGAGCCAUCUGCGCCCGGGGCCUGAAUUACAACGACACCUCAGAAAGUCAAACCAAAAAGAGAGUCAACAUGUCAUGCACCGUGUUGGCCUCAUACCGGUAGUGAAUUGCACAGGUAUACCCCCGGGUGCACGGGAGCCUAUUCAUACCCGCAGCGGUCAGGUACCCGCUCGGCAGAUGAUCGCGCACCGCGGGGGGGGGGCACGUGCAGUCCCAGCUGGUCGCCGCAGGGAAGCGGUCCCACUGGAGAUGGUUGUUGUUGGCAGUGAGGUGCCGCCAGAACUCACGGGAGCUCAUGCAGCCCUCAAGGCUGUGGAACACGAGCACGCACGCGCGGCAGCAUCAGCAAAUUUGGAAUUCCCUGAGGGCCUGAAACUGCUGACAGGCCAACCUCAGCAGCUCAUCAUAUCCAGUACAUCAGGGUAUUGCACUAGUGUCUCUCAGAACAUACCAGCAUGGUACAAUAGCGAGCACAACUACAGACUUGAUGAUGCACCACAUGCAGUAGCGACGUUGUUGGCGCGCUGCCUGCAUGCUGAUCAUACAGAGUGCAAGGUUGCUCACCUGUCUGAUACGGCACCUACUAGUAGCUCGCUUUCCAGCAGCGACCUGCACGACCUGUCCAAGUGGAUUUUUGUUGUGCACUCGGACGAUGAGCGUGGGCAAUCUGUGGUUCCAGGGUCGAAGGCACAGAAGUGGGCUGCAUUUGUAGCACACACAUCUGGCAGACCCAGCAUGGCUGCAUCAACACACCAAGACACUGCCCAACUCGACUCCAAUAGUUGUCAGCUCGGCGGUUCACAAGGGAAUACGGGAGACGUACCGUGGGUGGCAGUGACACUCAGCACACAGGACGGCGAUAUACAACACGUCGUAAAGUCCAUACGAGCUGGGGCCCAUGUUGUGGACAAGUACAGAGGUAUACUAAUGAUGAAUGAUCACUGGGAAAUCCGCAGACAAGAUACUGUAGAUCGACAACGGCAGGGCGAGUCUUCCUUCUGCGCACAUGCAAGAGCAGCGCGGUACCACUUCCUGUGCCAGCCCCUGCUGCCGUACUUGCUCAAAGAUGUCCGCAAGGAGCUCCCCGUGCCGCAAUACGAAGCACGCUACACCCCGACGUCGCCCGCAGCUGCCGAACGAGGACAACCUGCGUCAGCUGUAGAUGUACACACGGGUGAUGCGACGGCGGCCCACAACGGCGAACAAGGACAGCUCGAGUUUGGACUCGGACACGAGACGGUGACGCCAAGCCCGGAGAGCUCACCGUCUACGCCGCUCAAGGUCGGCGUGGGUGUUCACAUGCAGAAGAGAACCACACUGGCAGGUCUCGCUCAAACGGCCGUACUCUGCAUGAAGAGGAUGGGGCAAGGAGUGUAUGGGAGAGUAGGAAAUAAGGGCAAGGAGGAGCGGACACACAAUUGGAGCAUGCAAAAUCCAGGUGCUGAGGGCUGGACUUCUGAAGCCCUCUGGAGCAUCGCUGAUGGCCUGCUGAAGCUUCUGAAACGGCUGAUGGACGCCCGUCAGCAGUUUUCCACUUUUACUGAUGAGGUCGGGCUUGGGUGUCCAGGAGCCGUUGGCGUACGUGUGGGGCCUGGGCUUGAACAAAGAGAAUACCCCUCGACGCUCUUGGGGCGUGACUGGCGGUAUCUGUGGCCGGGCGGACGCAAUAUGCCUGAGGUGCUGCUCAUCUCUCUUCGUGUUGAGCAUGGGAGCAGCGAUGUUUUGUGCAUUGCAUUGCAUCAGCAAAAGCAGGGCAGCAGUGAGGCGCGCGGACACGUUGUGCUGCCUCACCGUCGAUUAAUGUGGGCUGAGGGAAAUGUCGCGCCACCUGACUUUAUGUGGGUGGAGGGGCUGCUGGGCUGCAAGAGAGGGGUGGAGGGGCGUGACAUGAGAGUCAAUGAGUCGUGCCGGAGCGGCGGGUACUGGUGGCGGGUCCGCGGGUCCAAAUUUGGCUACCCGUACCCCUACCCAGUGGUACCCGUACCCGUGACCCUCACGGAUUGCCCGUACCCCUGCAAUGCACUACAUACUGGUGACGACUGCGGAACAAUGGGCGUACACUUGGGAGAUCAACACAUUCCUUUUCCAUGUGUAUUUGUAAGAGUUUGCGGGCUUGGAACCCUUGUUUGGGGGGCCGAGCUGCCUGUGAACCUAACCUUUGGUGGUUGCGGCGUGACCGGGGAGAAUGUCAUGAGGUCGGGCGAGGAGCCAGGCCAAGGGCGUGUCCUAGAUGAGGGAGAGGAGCCAUGUCGAGGGAGAGUCCUGGAUGCAGGCGAGGAGCCUUGUCUAGGGAUCUGGGGCUUUGACAUGCCAUACUUCCCUAUGGUCAUGGAGCAGGCAUACCUGGACAGUCUGGAUGAGCUACUGUGGCUACAGCAUUGGAGAGCCCUCGGGAGGAUCAUGAUGGAAUGGCAACUGGAGGUGAUUCAUGUCAAGAGCAUACAAGUCGCUCUGGGGGGCACUGUUACAGACAUGGAAUGGGAACUGAAGGAGGUAUUCAGACUAUAG